AUGAUUCGGGAGUCAGGGUGCCGCUUUGGGUUCGUGGUGGGCCAUGCCGGGUUGUACCAAGCCCUGGCCAUGUUCGCCGUGGCGUACUUCAUCAUCGGCAUGACGGUGCUGUCCGUGUGUGCCAUCGCCACCAACGGGGCACUGGAUGCCGGAGGAGCCUACUAUAUGAUCAGCCGUGCCCUGGGCCCGGAGUUCGGGGGCAGCAUCGGGAUCAUGUUUUUCCUGGCCAACGUGUGUGGCAGUGCCCUGUACGUGCUGGGGCUGGUGGAGGCGGUGGUGGACAGCUUUGGGAUCCCGCCCGGGCAAAAAGCAGGCACAGGCGUCCACGUCCUGCCCCAGAGCUACUGGUACGAGCUGCUCUACGGCACCGUGCUGCUGGCCCUCUGCCUCCUCGUGUGCCUUGUGGGCGCCUCCAUCUAUGCCAAGGCCACCUUCCUCAUCUUCCUCAUUGUCGCGGGUGUGCUGGGCACCAUCCUCGUCAGCUUCUUUGCCACGCGGCCCGUCGGGGUGCCCAUCCGUCUGCCCCACUUCAACGGCUCCGAGACCGAGAACGGCUCCUUCACCGGCUUCUCACUCGCCACCCUGAGAGACAACCUGGGUGGGUACGGGGUGGACUACACCACCGGGCAGAUGAUGAGUUUCAGCUCCGUCUUUGCAGUGAUGUUCAAUGGCUGCACGGGCAUCAUGGCAGGCUCCAACAUGUCAGGGGACCUGAAGCGUCCGAGCUACUCCAUCCCACGGGGCACCAUCUCCGCCGUGCUCUUCACCUACCUCGUCUACAACCUGCUGGCUUUCCUCAUGUGUGCCACCUGCAACAGGACCCUCCUGCAGAAAGACUAUGGCUUCCUGCGUGACAUCAGUAUCUUCCCGCCCCUGGUCACGGUGGGCAUCUAUGCUGCAACCCUCUCUGCAGCUAUGAGCAACCUCAUCGGGGCGUCCCGCAUCCUCUACGCCCUGGCCCGGGAUGACCUCUUUGGUGAGCUAACAGGGGUGACCUGGGGAUGUGCCAGGGGUGCCGUCCCGAUGGGUGCCUUCACCCUGUGCUCCCUGCAGCUGGUGCUCUUCUCUGGGAAGCUCAACACCAUCGCAGGGGUUGUGACCACCUUCUUCCUCCUGGUUUACGCCACCGUCAACCUGGCCUGCUUGGCACUGGAGUGGGCAUCGGCCCCCAACUUCAGGCCCACCUUCCGGUACUUCACCUGGCACACAUGCCUGCUGGGCAUCGCGGGCUGCUGCGUCAUGAUGUUCCUCAUCAGCCCCGUGUCAGCCUCGGUGAGCCUGGGCUUCCUCCUCAUCCUCCUCCUCGCCCUCCACUACCUCUCACCCAGCAGCACCUGGGGCUACAUCAGCCAGGCCCUCAUCUUCCACCAGGUGCGGAAGUACCUGCUGAUGCUGGAUGUACGGAAGGACCACGUCAAGUUCUGGCGCCCGCAGAUGCUGCUGAUGGUGCAGAACCCACGGGGCAGCGCCCGCCUCAUCGACUUUGUCAACGACCUCAAGAAGAGUGGCCUCUACGUCCUGGGCCACGUCGAGCUGCAGGACUUGGACACGCUGCCCUCGGACCCGCUGCAGCCCCAGCAAGACUCGUGGCUGAGCUUGGUGGACAAGCUGAACGUCAAAGCCUUCGUCAGUCUCACCCUUGCGCCCUCGGUGCGGCAUGGUGUCCGGCAGCUUCUCUUCACCUCUGGCCUUGGCGGGAUGCGCCCCAACACCCUGGUGAUGGGCUUCUACGAUGACGCGGUGCCGCAGGACGGUCUAGCCCAGCACCCCGCCUUCACCAGCACCCGUGAGGAGGUGCCCCUGGGCUUCCCCCCGCUGCCGGCGCCCUGGAAGCAUGGUCCUACAAAGCUUCUUGAUUUGGAAGCAAAUUUGCAGAAGUAA